AUGAGUUUCAGAGGUGGUGCCAAGGGUGGUAACACUCGCGCCUUGCCGUUCGGUUUGGAUUUCCAAGACGUCAAGGAAAAUGCCAGCGACAAGUCAUGUUUACAACUUCCUAUCAACGGUCCGUUGAACAAGCUAGAAACAAACUCCGCGAGACAGUACAUCUCACUCCAGAAAGCGGUCCAGGAGGGCCCGUUCUAUACAGGCUCGCUUGCGAUUGCAAGCGGCGACCAGACGCUCGUGGACACAUCUGGGUUCCACAAAGACGACGGGAUCAAGAGAUACUCGGACAAGUACCGAACCAAGCGCAAGCUUGGGCGCUCCAUCGACGAGCACCCCUACGUGGUGGAGUUCUUCCCCGAAGAGUUGUACCAGGCCAUGGGGAUCAACAACAAGAAAAAGAAGAAGCUAUUGGCCAAGAGCAGCUAUAAAAUUGAUGGUGGCUUGAAGCUGUACACUGUCGAGGGUGACGUCAACAGCUUGGACAAGUUGAAGCAGAUGGGCGACAACUUGGUAGACGACGAGAACGACAAGGAAGAGGAUGAAGCCGAGGUCGAAGAAGACAUCGACGAUGAGUUCGAAGAGGAUGAUGAUGAUGAUUACAAUGCUGAGAGAUACUUUGACGAUGACAACGAGGUGGAUGACGAUGACGGUGGAGAUGAAGCCGCUUUCUAA